AUGGCCCAUACCCGGAAAAAGAGCCGCGACGACCAGAGGAAGACCUCCCAGUGCUGCCUGGGCCUCUUCCUGCUGCUGCUGCUGGGCGAGGGCUGGGCGCUGGCCGCCCUCUACGCCGCCUGGCUCUACCUGGACUGGGACACGCCGGCCCGCGGGGGGCGCCGCUCGGCCUGGGUGCGCGGCUGGGCCGUCUGGCGCCACUUCCGCGACUACUUCCCCAUCACGGUGAGCAGAGUCCGGCUGGUGUCCUCGGAGAAGGCCAGCGCCUCCUACCUCCUGAGCCACGAAGGCGGGGGCCAGGUGGCGGUGGUGGCGGUCGGGGGGCCUCCGGAGGCUUUGGAGGCCCGCCCCGGGGCCUUCACCCUGCAGAUCCUCAGCCGCAAGGGCUUCAUCAAGACGGCGCUGCAGCAUGGGGCGGCGCUGGUCCCCGUCUUCUCCUUUGGAGAGAACGAACUCUUCAAUCAGGUGUCGAACCCGGAGGGCUCCUUCCUCCGCACAGUGCAGGAGCGGCUGCAGAAGGCCGUGGGGCUCGCCCUGCCCCUCUUCCACGCCCGGGGGGUCUUCCAGUACAGCUUCGGCCUUCUGCCUUUCCGGAGGCCCAUCCAUACCGUGGUGGGGGCCCCGAUCCUUGUGCCCAAGACCCCCCACCCAUCUCCGGAAGCCAUCGACCAGUUGCACAAGACCUACCUGGAGAAGCUCGUCCAGCUGUUUGAGGACCACAAAGUCCAGUUUGGUGUGCCUGAAAACAAGCAUCUCAACCUGAUCUAG